AUGACUCUCUCUCUUUUCCUUUCCCUAGAAUACUCUCUCUCUCUCUAUUUCCUUUCAUGGCGUGACUCUCUCUCUCUUCCUUUCAUUGCCGUAACUCUCUCUUUUCCUUUCAUAGCACUCUUUCUCUGUUCCUUUGGCGUGAGCUCCUCUCUCUCUUUUUUUCCUUCCAUAAGCGUGACUCUCUCUCUCUCUCUCUCACUUUCCUUUCAUAGCGUGUCUCUCUCUCCUUUCAUCGUGACUCUCUCUCUCUCUCUCUCUCUCUCUUUCCUUUUUUCCUUUGACUCUCUCUCUCUCUAUUUCCUUUCAUGGCAGCAACUCCCUCUCUCUCUUUUCCUUUCAUACGUGACUCUCUCUCUUUUCCUUUCCUGGCUCUCUCUCUUUUCCUUUUCUAGCGUGACUCUCUCCUCUUCUCUUUCAUUUCAAGACUCUCUCUCUGCUUUUCCUUUCAUCUCACUCUCUCUCUCUCUUUCUCUCUUUUCUCUUUUCCUUUCUCACUCUCUCUCUCUUUUUCCUUUCUCUCUCGUGACUCUCUCUCCUCUGUUCCUUUCAUGGCGGCUCACUCUCUCUCUCUCUUUUUCCUUUCUCUCUCUUUCUCUCCUCUGUUCCUUUCAUAGCGUCUCUCUCUCUCUCUUUCCCUUUCUCUCUCUUUUUCCUUUCCAUGGCGUGACUCUCUCUCUCUUUCCUUUCCUCCGUGACUCUCUCUCUUUUCCUUUCAUAGUCUUUCUCUCUCUCUCUCUUUUUCCUUUCUUUUUUCUUUCUCUCUCUCUCUCUCUUUUCCUUUAUUUUUUAAUCUUCUCUCUCUUUUCCUUUUAA